AUGAGCAACACAGAGCAAGAACUCAGACAGAGACAGGCGCAAUUCACGAAAGAGCUGCACGGUGACGACAUUGGGUCUAAGACCGGGCUGUCAGCGCUUUUGUCCAAGAACAAAAACGCGCAACAAGAAGCCGUCAACAAGUACCUGCGUCACUGGGACGGGAAAACGGACCAGGACGCGGAACAGCGCCGUCUCGACGACUACAACGAGGCCACGCAUUCUUACUAUAACGUCGUGACCGAUUUUUACGAGUACGGAUGGGGCUCUUCGUUCCACUUCAGUCGUUUCUAUCCGGGGGAAAAUUUCAAGGCCAGUGUCGCGCGCCACGAACACUACCUGGCGUACAUGGCGGGCAUCCAAAAGGGCGACCUAGUGCUCGACGUCGGAUGCGGCGUCGGCGGUCCUGCGCGUGAAAUCGCACGUUUCACGGGGGCCAGCAUCGUGGGUCUCAACAACAACGACUACCAGAUCGCCAAGGCCAAGCACUAUGCUCGCAAGUACAAAUUGGCAGACCAGCUCGAGUUUGUUAAAGGCGACUUCAUGAACAUGGAGUUCCCGGAAAACACCUUCGACAAGGUGUACGCGAUCGAGGCCACGUGCCACGCGCCCAAGCUCGAGGGCGUGUACGAGCAGAUCUACAAGGUCUUGAAGCCCGGCGGAACUUUUGCCGUCUACGAAUGGGUCAUGACCGCCAACUACGACGAAAAUAACCCGGAGCACCGCAAGAUCGCGUACGAGAUCGAGGUCGGCGACGGCAUCCCCAAGAUGUACUCGGUCGACGUGGCACGUGACGCACUGCAGAAAGUCGGGUUCGACGUCCUCGUCGGACGCGAUCUCGCCGACAACGACGACGACGUGCCCUGGUACUACCCGCUGACGGGCGAGUGGAAGUACGUGCAGACGCUGGGGGACCUGGCGACUUUCUUCCGCACCUCUUUCAUCGGCCGCAAGGUCACUACCACCAUGGUGUCGCUCAUGGAAAGAGUAGGCAUUGCGCCCCAGGGGUCACGUGACGUCACUCUCGCGCUCGAAGAAGCCGCGGUCGGUCUGGUCGCCGGCGGUAAGCAGAAGCUGUUCACGCCCAUGAUGCUGUUUGUCGCCAAGAAGCCCGAGAACUAG